ACAUACGCUAUGCUAUGCCUGUCGGCACCGGUAUUUGUGGUGACUAUGAUAGCUCGGACUGAAAGCCCUCCCAUCGAGCCCCCCAUUACCGACAAAAAGCCAGACAAACCACUAAAACAAAUCAAAAACUACCGCUUAAUGUCUCGAAAAGACAGAAUAAAAUUCGUGAUCCGAUGCCUAUUGUGUAUAAUAUGUAUAUUCGGGCUGUCUUUCCACGCCUCGAAACUGGUGUCCCAAUACGUGUGGGGACAGACCAUCGUGAACGUCAAAGUGGACAAGAUCAAGUACAACAAAAUACCCGGGGUCACCAUAUGCUACCCGCGGUUCCUGUCCAUGAGACGACUGUCCAAAUUGAACCGGGAGUUGGAGACCGACUUCAUUGAGUACACGAAUAUUCUGAAGUCAGUGAACGACACGGACUUCGCGAACGAGACUCUGAGGCAGAAAAUACUGGAUAUCUAUUGGGAAAAGUUCAUGAACUCUAACAUACCGUAUGAGGUGCCGGUGCACGACCUCUUCGACAACUACACCAUACCGUUCCGGUUCCCGAAGCGAUCGCUCUAUCAGUUUGAGAAAUACAAAGACUAUGUCGGCAUUUACGACGACUACGACACGGAGUACGCCAUCGAGAUCGAGGCCAAGGGAACGGUACGCGUGGGCAGUCAGAAGUCGAUCGUACGGCUCCGGGACUACGCACCUGUUGAAUCCCUGGCCAUGAGCUUCCGGGGCGAUCAGUACAAGUGCUACACGUUUUUCAGUGAGUUGGAGGAAAAGUGGCGUAAAAUACGGCUUAACCUCAACUACAUUGCCAUUGAGAUACACAACGACUACCAC